GUGUGUGAGUAGAGAGAGAGAGAGGAACACACAGAGAGAGAGAGAGAAUCAGCAGUGUGUGUGAGAGGUUGAAGGAUCACUUCUAUCCCGUCUUGUUUUGGGGAGACUAACCUUGUUCAUCUGAGCAUUGUGGGACUGUUUUAUGUUGUUGUUGACGAGAGAGACGGACCCUUACUCCAGCAUGCUCACUGAGCCUGAGCUACCUCAGGAGUGUAACAGGAUGUCUUCCAAGCGACCAGCCUCUCCAUAUGGGGGGACAGAUGGAGAGGUAACCAUGGCAACCAGCAGACAGCGAAUGGAGGAUGAGGAUGGCGAGGGACUGGGCCGUGUCAUCCACCUCCCCCUGGCAUCAUACUGCGGCAAGGUGUCCCCUCGCUCGCCCCCCAACCGUAACUUGGACAGCCCCCCCAACACGGACCAUGAUGGCACUAAGGGGAACUCUCUGAGUCCUUACACCCAUCACAAUGCUACCUCACCGGGCAAAGAGGAAGGCGGAGGCGGGGGUCGGCCCUGUAGCGACGGGGGCUCUGCCGCGGGCGCCCUGGGGACCCCCGAGAGGCGCAAGGGCAGCCUGGCGGACGUGGUGGACACACUGAAGCAACGCAAGAUGGAGGAGUUGAUCAAGAACGAGCCAGAAGAAGCCCCCAGCAUUGAGAGGCUGUUGUCAAAGGACUGGAAGGAUAAACUUUUGGCCAUGGGCUCAGGGCACAUCGGAGAAAUUAAAGGUACCCCAGACAGCCUGGCGGACAAAGAGCGCCAGCUUAUGGGCAUGAUCGGCCAGUUGAGCAGCCUGAGGGAGCAGCUCCUGGCGGCCCACGAGGAGCAGAAGAAGCUGGCCGCCUCGCAGAUGGAGAAGCAGAGGCAGCAGAUGGAGCUGGCCAAGCAGCAGCAAGACCAGAUUGCCCGGCAACAGCAGCAGCUCCUGCAGCAGCAACACAAAAUCAACCUCCUGCAGCAGCAAAUCCAGCAGGUCCAGGGUCAACUCCCUCCGCUGAUGAUUCCUGUCUUUCCUCCGGACCAGAGGACUCUGGCGGCGGCGGCGGCCCAGCAAGGUUUCCUCAUGCCCCCUGGCUUCAACUACAAGCCUGGCUGCAGUGACCCUUACCCUCUCCAGCUAAUCCCCACAACCAUGGCUGCUGCUGCUGCUGCUGCCACACCAGGCCUGGGACCCCUACAGCUCCAGUUUCUGGAAGAGCGGCAGAUGCUGACACUCUGGGAACGGAUUCAGGUCCAAAACUUGAUGACACGCAGUGAAGAAGAUUUCAUAACACAAAAGUUGUAUGCGGCUCAGCUGGCGGCCAUGCAGGUCUCCCCGGGUGCCAAGCACGGAGGCAGCCUGCCCCCCCAGGCCAACAUGGGCACACACUCCCCACCCACCAACACACACUCACAGAGCGACAAGAUCCGCAACUCCCCACCACCAAACAAGACCAAGGACAGUGAGGGUGCACAGCCACUGAACCUGUCGGCCAAGCCUAAGACAUCCGAGAGCAAGUCACCCAACUCCCCCCCAACUUCCCCACAGGUCCCUGCUGCUGCUGCCGCCAAGCUGGGCCCCGCAGGCUCCAUGAAGCACAGCAUCGCCCCCUCUAGCAUCGGAGGACCGCCGACCAGAGUCAGCUCAAUAGCAGACUUGUUGUCGUCCCUGUCCUCUGGCGCCUACCUGAACGACCACGAGGCAGUGAGCAAGGCCUUCAGCGAGGCCCGGCAGAUGAAGGAGCAGCUGAAGAGGGAGCAGCAGGUGCUGGACGCCAAGGUGGCCGCCGUCAGCAACCUCGGCCUCAACAACGGACGCUCCGACAAGGACAAGGCCGCCUUGGAGAGUCUGAGUCAACAGCUGAAGCAGCAGGCCGAGGACAAGUUCAGCCACGCCAUGCUGGACUUCACCAUGAGUGGAGACUCUGACGGUUCUCCCAGCGUGUCAGACUCCAGAAUAUUCCGGGAGGCUCGGGGUCGCGGCACCAGCGAGCCACACAUCAAACGGCCGAUGAACGCCUUCAUGGUUUGGGCCAAGGACGAGAGGAGAAAGAUUCUGCAGGCCUUCCCCGACAUGCACAACUCCAACAUCAGCAAGAUCCUCGGCUCACGCUGGAAAGCCAUGACCAACCUGGAGAAGCAGCCCUACUACGAGGAGCAGGCUCGCCUCAGCAAGCAGCAUCUGGAGAAAUACCCCGACUACAAGUAUAAGCCGCGGCCAAAACGCACCUGCCUGGUGGACGGCAAGAAGCUGCGCAUCGGAGAGUACAAGGCCAUCAUGAGGUCCCGUCGGCAGGAAAUGAGACAAUACUUCAGUGUGGGGCAGCAGGGUCAGUUGCCCCUGUCCUCAGCCGGCGUGGUCUACCCAGGUGCCCUGUCCAUGGCGGGGAUGCCCUCACCCCAGAUGCCCUCUGAGCACUCGAGCAUGUCCAGCAGCCCCGAGCCCACCGCCAACCACCACCAGACCCCCCACAUGGGCGGCCUGAAGGGGGACGAGCCGCGCAUCAAGGAGGAGGAGCUACGGCUGGACGACAGCAACGGCGACGUGUACGACGACUUCGACUACGAGGACGAAGAGGCAGAUUACACCAGCGAAAACGAGAACCAUAUCACCCAAUAGGAUGGAACGAGAGCCACCUACUGGUUUUUUUUGUUUUUUUUAAAGCCAAUCACAGCUGGUUAAUCCCACAAAAUCCCAAACUCACCAAUCAGGAAGAAAAACAACCUUUUUUUUUUGCCAAUCACCCCAAGUCCCCGAUCUCACAGAAAAACCCCCGCCACCCCUUACUCCCUUCCUGACUAACACGGACUCUGUUCUGAGAGCCAAAAUCCCUCCCCCACUGGAGUCCUGAUACCAGCAUCUGAUCAAUCAACUGAAGCACAGGACCUGUCACUCACACUGACUGUUACACAAACUGGAGUCUGGGAGGAAGAGACGACUAAGCCAGCUCUGAAGCUCGCUGAGGAAUAUUCGAGUACUACUGCAAGAGUCUGAUACCGAGGCGAGUGUAAUGCCACGAGUGAGGAGAAAUUUCGGAGGAAAAAAAAGAAAAUCACACUCAGACAGCAACCUUUUAGACCCGUUUGUAGACAAGGAGACAUUUUCAAAUGAAAGACGCAACAGUGGACCUGUCAAAGGCGAACAGAUGACACUUUAAGAUGGCGGACCUGUUUAUUAUCAAGAGACACUUUUAAAAAACAACAAAAAAAAAAAGCUUUUUUUUGUUUUGUUCUCGGUUCUAUAAUAUUCUCACUCAGGUACACGGUGCCAAUAAGUGGCUUGUGAAUGUGAUUUGUUGUUUUUGUGCUACAAGUUUGAAUAAUAAUAGAAAAAAAGAGACUUUUCUUUUUUUCCUCCCCCCCUUUUGUUGUAAAGCACCUGACAGACAUCAGACAUGUUUAUUUUUAACUAAAAGAUAUCUUUUUCUUCGACCUCGCAGUGUGCUGUCAGCGGUCCCCCGUCCCCUUUUUUUUUCUGUGUUUUUGUGACUGCCUGCUCCCCACCCAGCUCUACCCCCUCACAUUCUUAUUCAGAAUCCUAUGGGACGGUCCAGCCAGGACUGACCACAGCAUGGACCGUCCCCAAUCGA